GCUGAGUCAGGAUCGUUUGAAGAUAGCAAAGCAAAGUGUGUGUGGCUCCUGACUUCACAUCAACUCAGACUGAAGCGAGGACAGCAGGUUCCAUCAGAGUGCUCAGCAUUACCUGGUCCUGGUUCUGCAGAUCUCAUAUUUAGGACACGUUUAUCAUCAAAGAAAGAUAGAAAAAUACAAAGUUUGACACCUUUGACAUGAAGAUGCAGCAGAAAAGCUCUUUGACUGGGAAGAGAGCAGCGGCGGUGAUGUGUGCUCUGUUGCUGCUCAUGGGUCAGCAGCAGGUCUGCGCCCGUCCAAUGGCUUCACAAGCUCAGUCUGGUUCUGAGCAGCGAGCAGAUGUGAACGUUCAACAACCUGUUCCUGCUCUGAGGAGAAGCGCCCGGAUGACGCCGCUGUGGAGGAUCAUGAGCAGCAAACCGUCUGGAGCUUUCUGCCAAAACAACUUUGAGUGUUCAACAGGAUUCUGCAGGGCGGGACACUGUGCCACCAACCAGCGGUCGGAAGCCGUCAAAUACUAGACACCACAGCAGGAGAGGACCAAACGGAUCCUGAUCACAGUCUGUGUUUUAAAUAAGUGUAUUUAUUACUGCUAAUAUGACAUGAGUUCGGUAUUAUGGAAAACCCUGAAGUGCCACAGAAAAGGGCAAAAAACGCUGCAGGAGUGCACAAAUUUGCACAGCCUUGGCUGGUUUGGAACUGACGCUUGUGUUUGUCCUGAUAAGAGGGUUUGCUGUCUGUUGAGGGUUUGCUGUCUGUUCAGUUCACCGAAACUACAAUGACACUUUGGGAAAAAUGUCUCGUUAUCCUCAAAAUGAAGCCGGAAAAAUGUUGUCAAUGUAGAAUUUUUUUUAAAAAUAAGACUUUAUUAUUUAUCUGUAAUAUCAUUGAAGUAAGAAGUUCAGAUGGCAGGAGCAUGACAGGAAACAAAAAAGCUCAAUAUUAACUUAUUUUUAAAAGAAACUUUCUGGUUUUUUUUUGUUUUUUAAAUUACAGCUUAAAUUCAAAAUCAAUUUUGAUUCAAAAUAAAAAAAAUUGAAAAGAAAGUUGAGGAAUUGGUUUUUUUUAACUGGAUGAGAAAUAAUUACAAAGGAGCAGCAGCUGAAAGAGUUUUAUUUUCAAAGAACUAUUACUGAAACUUAAACACAGUGGUACUGAAACCAUAAAUGAAAUAUUGAGAGAUCAAAAUUCCCUCAAAGUGUAUGUGUACGCACAUUUGGAGGGGAAUUUUGAUUGUUUUCCUUCUUCUUUAAUUUUGUUCAUUUGGUAAAGGACCAAUUCACAACCAAAGUUCUUACAAUAUUCAACAGGAAAAGCAAGAAAAACAAAAUAAAGGAAAAAACUAGAAUUCCAUCUUGAUCAGUUUGGGUUUUGAAGGCAAGUAGAAACAGACAAGUACAAAACACUGGAACAUCUGUCAUAAAGGAUCAUUGUGGGAAAACUGGGCAUUUUUCCACAUUUUCUUUACUGUUCUUACAGAUAAACGUUUACAAUGUUCUUGCAGUCACUUCCUGUUGUCUCUUGUCCUCAUAUUGAUGUUCCAGUAGUUUUUUUGUUUGUGUAAAUGUGUUCUUGCUGCUCUGUUUUUGGCAGUUGCUGACGUAUAUUUUCCCUAAACUAGACAUUCUUUUUGAAAUAAUAUUGUGAUAAUUUACUUUAUUGACUAAAUGAAUUGAAUGAGAAAUUGAAAAGUUCUGGGAAAAGGGGUGUUAAUAAAGUUUUUUUUUUUAGUUUGUUUUAGAUUUUACAGCCAAAAUGGUUUUGUCCUCGUCUUCACUGUGAGGCCGUCUUGGAAGUGCAGAGCCUCAUCUCUGAGCAUCUUUGUGGUUCAUGCACUUACAGGCAACUGCUUUUAUUUUGGGAACACUUUUAAUAAAGGACUGAAUGGUUUUGCACUUUUAAACCCAAAAUAUCUUUGUACUGUGAACUGCUCACUGUGUUCCUGACAAAUAAAUAAAAGCUUUGAAAAAGGAA